UCUUCUUUUCUCCCCACCACCUCCGAGCCGCCCGCUCCCAGCCGCCUGUUUCUUUUUCCCCAAUCUCCCCAUCAUGUUCUCUGUAGGUGGACGCAGCACCGCGCCAAGGCAGCAGCAACUCGGUGACGUUCCAGGCUACCCCCUCUCCGUCCGGUGGUGCCAUGCUAAGCCACAGAGCGAGCCGCAUCUGCUCGGUCUUACUCUCUAGGCGCAUGGUGGAGUUGCAACGCGGUGGCCGUGGGGAUGCGCCGAGCCACCGCCGGGGGGCUGCACCGUGUUGAGACGCCGCCACCCCUUCAUGGCCGCGGACUCCGCGUCCAUUGCCCACGCCGUCCUCACCGAUGGCUUCUCCGUCGACAUCGGCAUGGUAGUCUACGAGCAGGCAACGACGGUUAUGGCAUCCUCAUCGGUGGAGACGGUCAGCUGCUCAGGAGCAUGGGUCGAGGCGAGAUGGUGGCAGAUGUGGUGUCUCCCUCCGAUGGCGUCCGCGGGAAUGGCCGGAUCUGUGUCUAGAAAGGCAUGGGAACGACCCCGGUUGUCGUCCGGCGAGCGCUGGAGAGGGAGUAGCAUAGGUGUUAUCCGUGAUUUGUUUUUAAUUUGAAGUUUUUUGUGUUUUGCUACUGGACAGGUGUAUUGUAUGGAAAAAAUCUAUAAUUUUAAAUUUCAUGUGGUGUUUUAUUCCUUUUGUGUAAAAUGUUAUUUGUGGUGUAUUUGUA